AUCACAUUCUUCAGGCUCUUUCGAGUCAUGCGUCUGGUGAAGCUUCUCAGCCGAGGAGAGGGGAUCCGCACCCUGCUCUGGACCUUCAUCAAGUCCUUCCAGGCUCUUCCCUAUGUGGCGCUACUCAUUGUAAUGCUGUUUUUCAUCUACGCCGUGAUUGGAAUGCAAGUUUUUGGGAAAAUAGCUCUUAACGAUACUACAGAAAUUAACAGAAAUAAUAAUUUUCAGACCUUCCCUCAAGCUGUUCUGCUGCUCUUCAGAUGUGCUACCGGUGAAGCAUGGCAAGAGAUAAUGUUGGCUUGUCUCCCCAACAAGAAGUGUGACCCGGAUUCUGAAACUCCCCGAACUACAGAGGAGGACUUCUCCUGUGGAAGUAGCUUCGCCGUCUUCUACUUCAUCAGCUUCUACAUGCUCUGCGCAUUCUUAAUCAUCAAUUUGUUUGUCGCGGUCAUUAUGGAUAAUUUUGACUAUCUGACGCGGGAUUGGUCCAUAUUGGGCCCUCAUCAUUUGGAUGAAUUCAAGCGAAUCUGGGCAGAGUACGAUCCAGAGGCCAAGGGGCGCAUCAAGCACCUGGAUGUAGUGACACUUCUGCGGCGGAUACAACCUCCUCUGGGUUUCGGCAAGCUGUGCCCGCAUCGUGUGGCAUGUAAGCGGCUGGUUGCCAUGAACAUGCCUCUGAACAGCGAUGGGACAGUCAUGUUUAAUGCUACUCUCUUCGCUUUGGUUCGGACAUCUCUAUGCAUCAAAACUGACGGUAACCUGGAACAGGCCAAUGAGGAACUCAGAGCUAUCAUAAAAAAAAUCUGGAAGAGGACCAGUAUGAAACUGCUUGACCAGGUGGUGCCGCCAGCUGGGGAUGACGAGGUCACUGUGGGGAAAUUUUAUGCCACCUUCUUGAUUCAGGAGUACUUCCGCAAGUUCAAGAAGCGCAAAGAGCAGGGGCUUGUGGGAAAACCAUCACAACGCACUGCUCUCUCCCUGCAGGCCGGACUGCGCACGCUGCACGAUAUUGGGCUGAGAUUCGCCGUGCUAUUUCUGGAGAUCUGACCGCAGAGGAGGAGCUGGACAAAGCCAUGAAGGAGGCAGUGUCCGCUGCAUCUGAGGACGACAUCUUCCGGAGGGCAGGAGGCUUGUUUGGGAAUCAUGUAGGAUACUAUCAAAGCGAGGUGCGAAGUGCAUUCCCUCAAACUUUUACCACACAGAGACCGCUACACAUCAACAAGACAUCUGCCGGUCCUGGGGACAUAGACUCACCCUCUCAUGAGAAACUGGUGGACUCCACUUUCACACCCAGCAGCUACUCAUCCUCUGGAUCUAAUGCCAACAUCAACAAUGCCAACAACACAGCCCUAGUACGUCUUCCCAAUCUGCCUGCCUACCAAAGCACGGUCAGCACUGUAGAGGGGCAGAGCUGCCCGCUGCGCACACAUGGGUCCUGGAAAAUCAGCUCUAAGAGUUCAGUGUCCCGGGACAGCCGACUGCCAAUCAUCUGCCGUGAGGAAGCAUCUCAGGAUGAGACGUAUGAUGCCAGUGAAGAGGUGGAGUACAACAGUGAACCAAGCCUCCUCUGCUCAGACAUGUUCUCAGAUCGAGAUGAGGAGAGCCGGCAACUGACCCCAUCAGAGGGAGAAGUGGAGAGAGGGCUGUGUCCAUCUCCCAAGAGAAGCUUCCUGCGUUCUGCCUCGUUAGGCAGGAGGGCUUCAUUCCAUUUGGAAUGUCUGAGGAGAUACCGGAAUCAAGGUGGGGACGCAUCACCCAAAGCCGUAUUACCGCAACUUCACCUGGUGCACCAUCAGGCAUUAGCGGUAGCCGGCCUCAGUCCUCUGCUACGGAGGAGUCACUCGCCAACUGCGUUUUCUCGCCUCUGUUCUACUCCACCUGCCACGCCCUGCUCACGAGGGUGGGCACAACAGACUGUGCCAGCAGUGAGGCUAUAUGGAGACCCGGGGUCCAAAGAAAACUUACACAGCAGCUUCCCCUCUGUGCACUGUAGUGACUGCAGCCUCGGGCGGGAUCGUCCCACCUCGCUUACAGUCCCGUGCCAUGUGCGGGAGCAGACGCGGCAGCACCACGGCAGCGCCAGCAGUUUAGUAGAAGCG